UCCUGUAGUGAAAGGGAACACCAACAAGAUAUGUAUAUAGUUCCUUUAAAUAUUUUGGUACAAAUUACAUUUAAGUAAGAUGUUAAGACUCUUUUCUCGUUCCCGGGAAGAAAUUGGAAACCCCUUCUCAGGGUUAGCGGUGCUGGAGUCCGGGAGCAACAUGGCGACGUCCCUGAGGUGCUAGUUUUGGGAAAAAGUAGUUUCGGUGUUGCUGUCUUGCAGGUCAUCAACUGACUUGUAACUUUCCGCGACCACCCGACUUAAGGAAACGUGCACGGGUAGGCGGACAGCUCUAGUGACCGGCGGUCAGCUCUCCUUUCUAAUAAGGAGCAGAGUCCUGAGCACGGACCAGGAUGAGCAACAUUUACAUCCAGGAGCCUCCCACAAACGGGAAGGUUUUAUUGAAAACUACAGCUGGAGAUAUUGACAUAGAGUUAUGGUCAAAAGAAGCUCCUAAAGCUUGCAGAAAUUUUAUUCAGCUUUGCUUGGAAGCUUAUUAUGACAACACUAUUUUUCAUAGAGUUGUACCUGGUUUUAUAAUCCAAGGGGGAGAUCCUACUGGCACAGGGACUGGCGGAGAUUCUAUCUAUGGGGCCCCAUUCAAGGAUGAAUUUCACUCACGGUUGCGUUUUAAUCGAAGAGGGCUGGUUGCCAUGGCAAAUGCUGGUCCUCAUGAUAAUGGCAGCCAGUUUUUCUUUACACUGGGUCGAGCAGAUGAACUUAACAAUAAGCACACCAUCUUUGGAAAGGUGACAGGGGAUACAAUAUAUAACAUGCUGCGACUGACAGAAGUAGACAUUGAUGAUGAAGAAAGACCACGUAAUCCACACAAGAUAAAAAGUUGUGAGGUUUUGUUUAAUCCUUUUGAUGACAUCAUUCCAAGGGAAAUUAAAAAGCCGAAGAAAGAGAAACCAGAGGAAGAAGUAAAGAAAUUGAAACCCAAAGGCACAAAAAAUUUUAGUUUACUUUCAUUUGGAGAGGAAGCUGAGGAAGAAGAGGAGGAAGUAAAUCGAGUUAGUCAGAGCAUGAAGGGAAAAAGCAAAAGUAGUCAUGACUUGCUUAAGGAUGAUCCACAUCUCAGUUCUGUCCCAGCUGUUGAAAGUGAAAAAGAUACAGCAGGAGAUUCAGAUGAUGAUGGAGAAGAUCAAAGUGCAGAGCAUGAUGAAUAUAUUGAUGGUGAUGAGAAGAACCUGAUGAGAGAAAGAAUUGCAAAAAAGUUAAAAAAGGACACAAGUGUAAAUCUUAAAUCGGCUGGUGAGGGAGAAGUGGAGAAGAAAUCAGUGAGCCGCAGUGAAGAGCUCCGGAAAGAAGCAAGACAAUUAAAGAGGGAACUCUUAGCAGCAAAACAAAAAAAAGUAGAAAAUGCAGCAAAACAGGCAGAAAAAAGAAGUGAAGAGGAAGAAGCUGCUCCAGAUGGUGCUGUUGCAGAAUACAGAAGAGAAAAACAGAAAUAUGAAGCUUUGAGGAAACAGCAGGCAAAAAAGGGAACUUCCCGGGAAGAACAGACCCUUGCGCUGCUGAAUCAGUUUAAAUCUAAACUCACUCAAGCGAUCGCUGAAACUCCUGAAAAUGACAUUUCUGAAACAGAAGUAGAAGAUGAUGAAGGAUGGAUGUCACAUGUACUUCAAUUUGAGGACAAAAGCAGAAAAGUGAAAGAUGCAAGCAUGCAAGACUCAGACACAUUUGAAAUCUAUGAUCCUCGGAAUCCAGUGAACAAAAGAAGACGAGAAGAAAGCAAGAAGCUCAUGAGAGAGAAAAAAGAAAGAAGAUAAAAUCAGAGUAAUGAUAACCAGAACUAGCUGGAAAUGUGCUUGCAAUAAAUGGCCUUGUAACAGCCAUUGUUCCCAACAGCAUCACUUAAGGAUAUGAAAAGAAGUAUUUUUGAACCUCUUUUUCUGGUUUUAAAAAACAAUUAUCUUGUUUUGUAAAUUGUAGAAUUGAGAUCAGUUAUCUCAAAUGCUUUUGGUCACUGGUUCAUGCUAUUUUUUCCUAAUUGACCUUUUCUAUCGCUAAAUCCAAAAUAAAAUCACUUUGCUUUCAGUUUAUGUGUUAACCAUUUUCAGGCUAUGUAAGCCUGUUUGUGUCUUUUUACCCUAAAAUAUGUGAACGCUUUCUAUUCAAGUUUUAUAAGUUCUUUAGAAAGAGAAUUUGAGGAAUUCCCUCCCCCACCCCCAGCAUUCUGUUACCAUAGUGCUAACUUAAAUAUAAUAAAAACUAUAUAAUAUAAAGAUUAAUUUCUUUUGUUUUGAGUGUAAAUAUCUGAGCUCAGCCAUCCGGUAAGAUUCGAUAGCUUUAUGCCUUAAAUCUUGGGGAAACCCCCAAGUGAAUGGUCACACCUCCAUCCAGGCCAACACUUUGGUUUUAUAGAGACAGCCCAGAUACUCCAAAGAGUCUAAGCAAUGUCAGCUAGCUCAGUGCAUACCCUUCCUGGCACCAGGUCACCUGUCCACUCCCCUACCCUUCUCAGCACAGCCAAGAGCAAGAGCACAUGCAGAGAGCCCCUCCCAGCACUCAUUAAGAAUUUAGCCUUUAAUGACAAUCAUUCAUUUUGAUUGUUAGCUAUAUAUUAUCUAUAUUUCAUCAAUUUACUCUAAAAUCUGAAUGCUACAAGUACACCACAAGCUAAUUUUCAGUUACCUAACAAACCUCACCUGCUACAUCUUUUCAGCUAGUGUCUUACCAGCUCUGUCUUUCAAAUGUAAUAGGCUUUCUCUACAGCACUGGGUACUCCUAGCUGCAAUACCGCAGCAGCAGCAUCUCCUGAAGACAUGUUAGAAAUGCAGAUUUUUAUCCUAGCCACCACCACCCGACUACUGAAUCUGAAACUUUGACCUGGAGGGCCUGUUAAGGACUUCUGGGCCUCACUGCUGGUGGUUCAUAUCUAGUGAAGGAGCCCUGGUGG